AUGACUCCAGCAGAGAAAGAAAAACUCUUUAGAGCCAUAGGAUAUCAAGAGAAUGCCGCGCCUGAUGAAACUCCUGUUGAAUUUGUUGCUAUGGACUUUAACUUCUUUAUGGGAUGCCUUGAGGUUGAGGUCAAGGAUGAGGAUUCUCAGGUGCUCCUUGGGAUAAUCUCAAAUGUAAUUGCCAGACUGCAGCAAAGACCAGCUGCACAAGCCCUUAAGGUGACGGUAAAAAUGGAAAACAUUGUGAUCUCAGGAUUGAAGCAGGAGAAUAUCAAGCCGGAGUUGGUCCAGAGUAGAAUAAGCAGGACUUUUAUGGACAGAUGCGUAGGUCGGCAUGACACCAUGUUUAGUGUUUCUUUCGAAAUUAAUCCUUUAGAUAGAUCAUGUGACCAGAGGAUUCACAUCGCAUCAUUGCCAUUACACAUCACCUACGACGCCUUAACGAUCAACAGGGUAUUUGAUAUAUUUACCGUAGAGCGUAAUUCCGUCAUUGCCCGGCUACAAACGGCAGCUAAUCUAAAGUUUGCUGAAGUUAAGCAAAAAUCAGCCCUCGGUUUGCAAUAUGCUAUUCAAAAGCACACAAGAUUGGAUAUUGAAGUUAAACUUAUGGGAUUCCAUGGAGUAGUUCCACAUGGAGGGCGAUUUACCGGCAACAACCAGUCUCAAGUAGUGGUUCAGCUAGAACAGAUUACCAUCAAAUCCAAGGCACGCCCUGAAAAUGAGUUGAGCAUGGAGAACAUGUUUAGACGGGGCAUUACUGAGGCCGAUAUGAUUAAAGAAAUUUUGGAUUGCAGCUACGAUAGGUAUGAAAUUAAACUGAAAGAUUGUCAGGUUAAGAUAAUCUUACCUGGUGAUUAUGAAAUAACAAGGCGCCCUAUGCCUUCACAACUAGAAGUAGUAAUACCAGACCAAUCUUUUGUCAGGCCCAUAAGCCUUAAGGUUAACAUAGGUGUAAGUCUUUUUCUUGAAGAUCAUAGGCUGCCUAAGUUUAAGAUACAUGCUGAACUUCCAACCAUAUCAAUUACCUUUGCCGAAACUAGAUUACUAAGCUUAGUAUCUUUGUUGUUGAGUAUACCUCUGCCAGAGCUAAAGAAGGAAGAAGAAGAUCAAGAAAUUAACAUAUACACCUCUCACCCUUCUCUUUUAAAAUCAAGUGAUAAAACCACCCAUAUUCACGAAAUUAAGAAAUUGUCUCCAGUAUCAAAGGAUGAUGCCGUACAGUUUACAGAACUUGAGGCAAGUUUCCUCCUUAAUGAGGUGUCGUUGACAGUGUUGAAAAGUUCAGAGGGAAGGGAUAUUUUGUUGGGAGAGUUUAAGGUACUUUUACUGGAAACAGAGAUGGCACAAAUGACGAGCGAUCUUAAUGUAAAAGUUCGACUUGGUGGUCUCAGUCUUACUCAGGAUUACAAUGGACAAAAUUUGUGUAUAAUCGAAACUCCAUUGUCAGAUGGGAUCCAAGAUUAUCUUUUAGUAGUUUCUUUCUCCACAGCCAAGGAGCAAAAUCCUGAAUUUCAUCGCAAUCAUGGCUCUAUAAAACAGCUACUGGAAAUCAAUUUCUCUAGUAUAUGCGUCUUACUUUACCCAGAAGCCCUCCUUGAUGCUGUUCAGUGGAUUAGUGCUGUGCAAGACUGUAUGAUUGAGGUGAUCAAAAGGCAGAGAUCAAUUGAAUCAAACCAGUCGGUAGGUUUAGGGACUGAUAGAAAGAAAAUUAGACAAACAUCCCAAACGAACAAUAUGUGUCAAAACCCACCCAACAUCCCCCUAGCAAAACGCAGUAUCAGGGAUUUUAAAAGUUUAAACCCAGUUGUGGAUGCAAUUAUUGACCUUAAAAUAAAAGCUAACUUUGGCGAGAUUGUUAUUAUCAUGGAAAGUAAAUUCCGACAAAUCGGAAAGAUGAUAAUCAUAGGGGGUAAAUCUGAUACAAUUGUAAACAAGUCUUUUGUUAAAGUCGAUGCCACUCUCAGUAACUUUGAGUUCAUUGACCUAAGUAGAGAAACAAAUUUUACUAAGGUGCUGAGUAUUUUAGGUGAUGAGGAUGCUUUAAAAUUUCACUUGACUAUGCUAGACAGUGAAUUAGUCCAAGAAACAGACGGUAUCAAUAUGAUUGUCAAAAGUAAAGUUGCUCGCAGCCGUGUUAUAUUCGUCAACUAUUUGGUGAUGUGCCUGCUAGACUUUAUUAAUGAAUUCAAUGUUCCUAAAGAAACCAUCAGAGAUGUUUCAUUGGCUGCAGCUGAAUUAGCUAAAGCCAACAUUCAACAAGUUUAUAAUCCUUCUUUUAGGGUGAUGUUAGAUAUAAAACUCAAAGCACCCAUCAUACUAGUGCCAGCUACUAUAAUGAGUUAUGAUGCAAUUUUUCUGGACUUUGGUACGCUGACAAUUUGCAAUACUUUCUUAGACCAUCAUGUCACAAAUGAUUUUGAGGAACCUCCUAAAGUCAUUGACACCUUGAAGUUGGGGCUUUAUGAUAUUAAAGUUUCCAGGGUAAAACUGAAUGAGGAAAUGGAAGUAGCAGUGGAAUGGCAUAUUAUUGAUCCAAUCAGCUUUUGGUUUACAGCCAAGCGAAACGUCUCAUGUGACUGGUUCAACGAUGCCAUUAACAUAGAUAUAAAUGGGCGGCUAGAAACAAUCUACGCAAAACUGACUCAGGAAGAUUAUGUGAUGGUUAUGUCCAUACUGUUUCAGAACCUUGGAGAAUAUCCCCCUUCAACCAUCAGAAACAGUCAAUGUUCAUCCAUCCGUAGCUCUGCUGUUUUUAUAGGAUUAAACCCAAUCCAUAACUUAGUAGCCAUUCAAAGGGAUAUAGCUGGAGUAACUAAGGAAUAUAGAUCAGAGGCAAAAGAUAAGUUAAAAGACAUUGGUAAAACUAAAAUAACACUUAUAUUUACUCUAGAAUGUAUAGUCAUAGAUUUAAUCAAAGGAAACACAAAAGAAAAAUCAAAAAAGGCCAUUGAAAAGGGGGAUGGGUUGGCAAGAUUUACUCUGGGUGAAUGUUUAUUACAAGGUUCAAUUUUGUCUGAUGGAACUUUGGAUUUCAGUUUGCAGCUGUCAGACUGUGUUUUGGAUGAUACUCGAAGUUCACAGACUGGCAAGAUAACCAGAUACAUGCAGCGAAAAACUGAUGAUAACAACCAAGGAUCUUUAGUUGACAUCAUACUAAGGUGGAAAGGUAACAACUUGUUUUUCGAUGUCCGCCUUUACAGUUACACACUAAUUCUAAACAUGCAACACCUGAUGGAAGUUGUUGAGUUUUUUACUGGUAAUGUUGAGUACACAUCACAAUCUCCUACAGUAAUACACACAAAAUGUCCGCAAGGAAAUAAAGGUGUAACAGUAUCUACUAUAACACAACCUGAGAAUAAUACAAUUUCUGUGUCGCUGAUCUUGAAGCAACCAGAUAUUAUACUAGUGGAGAACAUGGACGAUGUUGAUACAAAUGCUAUAGUAAUGAAUGUUGAAACAUUUUUUCAAGCUCGAAUGACCGGAAGUGAUAUGAUUAUUAGUGGAUCCUUGAAUGACCUUCAGUUGUACUCUUGCUGGUUUGAUCCUGAAAGAAGAGAAAAGUUCAAGGCUAAGAUACUUAAGAAAGUAACACUAACUUUUGUGGGUUCCAACCCUCAAGGCCUAGGUCUUCAUGUGGAUGUUAAUAUUUCUAGCAUUCGACUUGUAGUUUCUCCUGGUGCAAUAGGGAUUCUGAACAGAGUGUUGGCUGCAAUGGCACAAGACAAACAAGAUGCUGAUUUAAAACUGGACGAGAAUGUAGACCAAACCAGUAUCUGGAAAAUGCAGAAAUUAGAUGUUUCAGAACAUUGGUUUCUAAGAGGUAAAAUGACAGAAGAAGGUGCCGGUAUGGUCAAUAUGGAAAAGACACAACCUACGCUGGAUGAAGUGUGCAAUGUGGCUGUGCCUACUUUGAUGGUAACUUUAGAAACUGGCCUAGGUUCCAAGACGAAAUCUUUGUUGCUACUGAAGUCAAAUUUAAACAUUCUCAUUCACAAUUGGAGUUCUAAGAUUUCAUUAGAUAGCAUAGUUUUGCUGGAAGUGUCCUACUACAAUAGUCAACAAGAAGUUUGGGAGCCGCUGAUAGAGCCUAUUGAAUCAACAAGCACCAUAAAACCGACUAAACACAUUCCUUGGCAGAUGAGCGUACAGGUUGAAACAAACGAGUUCAAAAGUAUCGGAAGUAAUACAGACAUUGUUGAAAGCAUCAAUAGUGUUUUAAAAGCAAAACCACGGAUGAUGAUUACAAUGGCUUCUAAGGAAAUAAUGGAAGUAACUGUCACUAAGACUGGUUUAGAUGUUUUAGAGGAUAUUGUUGGGUCCUUCAACAAUGCAAUUCCAACACCAGAUAUAAAGAUUAUGUCAGAAUCAGCGCCAUAUGAGAUACAGAAUGAUCUUGGUUUAUCUAUCACUGUAGUUCUUACUGGAACAAGGUUUAAGAUGUACCUCCCAGAAGGACAUAAAGAAGAGGUCCAUACAAUUGUUUUGGAGCCAAAAGCUAAGUUAAACUUGUGUUUUGUCGAAGAAGAAACUUAUGACCAGCUUGAAGAAAAACUGAGUGGGUCUCGUCUUACAAAAGAAAAUUAUCUUAAAAUAAUAGUUCCAGUCAUGCAAUAUGAAUUGGAGCUAUCUGUAGUUAAGACAGGCAAGCAUUAUUUCUGUCUUAAUCACCGAAGUGCAAGAAAUGUUAAAUGGGGCUUAGUCUCUGAUGUUCAAGUUCGGGAUAGGGUAACUUUUAUAUUUCUAAGAGGUACCAUUCAGAUUCAGAAUUAUUUAGAUAUUCCUGUACAUGUUCACUUCAUGACAAAUACAAACGUGGAAUUGGAACCUUCAGGAACAAUUGAACCAAACGAAUACCUGAACCUUCCUCUGCGAGCCAUUUCGACAGCUACUAGUGAGCUAUUUUUUAGUGUCAAAGGAUUUGCCAUAUCUAGCACGUCUUUUGUGUGGAAAGAUGUGCAGAAACCUGUAGCACAGACCAAAUUAAUUCAGUGCAGUUCUCAGAAUAUCAAGGAUAAAGUACCAUUUCUUUUUUGGGCUGAGGGAAGAUCAGAGCAAAUAUUUUAUGAACAGUCUGGUCGUCAUACAUCAGGCUCUAAUUGUUACAACAUUCAGCUACGACCUACUUUGGUCAUCAAAAACUUCCUACCAAUUGAAAUAUUCAUCUGCACUCAGAGUCUUAUAAUGGAAAAACGCGUGCCUUCAGGUGAAAAAGAGCAGGCACAUACAGCCGAGCCGGGAGUUUCAACUAUUGUUAUUAGAAUAUCAGGUUAUCUGGACAAGGAUUGGUCUUGUAAACAUGAGAUUGCAGCCAACCCACCUGAGCUGGAUGUUUGGACGUUCCAAUCUAGUGACACCAAAUACCAGUUAAACUUAGACCUAGGAGUACUUUGUAUUAACGAGAAUGCCUCAUUAGGGUUUACUCUAUACUGCCCAUAUUGGAUGAUAAAUAAAACAGGAUUGAGGCUUGCAUAUUGGAAACCAAAUACAUCUCAGCGUAUUUGGCAAAGGAAGGCAACAUUAAAUUUUUCAGAACAUUCUGACGACACGAGCAGUGUUUCCUAUCACCCUCCUCACUACAAAGGUCCAAUUAUGUUUUCAUUUCCCGUUAAUGAAUUCUGGGGCAAGAAAAAAGCUUCUGUAAUGGUGGAAAAUGGUGAAUGGUCGGACAUGUUUCCUCUGGAUGUGGCAGGAAGUUCAGGAUGUUUGACUAGCAAAUCGGAUGAUAUGUUCCACCAGAUUGGAGUCAACAUAAAGCUGACACAUAAUUCACUUACCAAACUAGUUACCUUCACCCCUUAUCAUGUGCUUUUGAACCGCUGUGAUUUUACGAUUAAUAUCCAAGAAGUUUCAAGACCUACACACCCUUGGGUCAGUGUGGAGCCAGGUAAUGUGUCAGCCUUUUGGCCUAAGAGUAAAGAGAGCAAAACUUCUGGGUUAGUGGUAAAAAUUGCAGACUUUUCUGAAACAACUUUACCUUUCCCUUACAACCAAACAGGUACCCACCUUCUAACAAUAAACAAUAAACAUGGUGGUAUAAAUGUAGACGUUCAAGUAAUGGAGGGAGCAGUCCAUAUCACAUUUGCUAACUAUAAACUCGGUAUGGCUCCAGCGCUUAUUAUUAACCACUCGUCACAUUAUAUACCUUUGGAGGAAAAAGAUAUCCGAUCUAGAAACCUAGUUCUACCUGCCAGCCACAAACUACUCUUUAAUUGGUCAACGAUGACAGAGCAACAUCUUUUGACUUGGGGUGGGAAGAAUUCCACUAAUCUUAGAAGAGAUGAAAUUGGAGAUUUUGAUGUGAAUCCGCAGGUCAAGAUAUAUUGGCUGUCAUUUCUUGAUGGAAUGCAGAGAGUAUUGUUGUUUACUGAAAAUGCAAAAAUAGCCAGGGAUAUAGAGUUAGUUAGUGAGAUGGAAGUAUUUGACAGGGAACUUCUUUUUUGUUUCCAUGGGAUCGGUCUGUCCCUAGUUGAUAACAUUUCUCACCAAGAAGUUCUGUAUCUCAGUAUUACAAGCUCAGGUCCAAAGUGGGAGGCUAAGAAACCUGGAGGCAGAAAAUUUAAACCAAUCUCUGAACACACAAGUUCUCUGAUUGAGACAGCUUGGGCUUUGUACAUGCAAGAGUUGUCCUUUGAUAAUAAUUUAAGUAACACUGUCCAAGUUGAUGACUAUAUAGUUGACUUUACAGCAAUGGAGAUGCAAAAGCCGAAUCGGAAAGAGUUAAAACGUGUAUACACCUACGGUCUGUGGGUUAGGCUGAAAAGAUCGCAACACCAGUGGCAACUGCAUUCAAAAGUCGACAAAUUGCAGAUAGAUUAUCAAAAUUAUGAUUGUGUCUUUCCAGUAGUAUUUGCACCUUUUUCACCUCGCAAGACUGUCAAACUCAAUGAAAUGAGGAAACCAUUUGCAGAAGUAUCAAUAGUUUGGCGAGUGAACCAGCACAGCGCGGUUCAGCAGUACAAGUAUUUUAAGGUUCUUGUCCAAGAAUGUCACGUCAAGGUUGAUGUAGGAUUUAUCAAUGCCUUAAUUAAAAUGUUUGAGGGAGGUGUGGCCAACUAUAAUGAGGCUAAAUAUUUUCAAGAAGACCUCUCAUUUGUAGAUUCAGCAUUGAUUUCACACAUUGAGCUUCUGUCUUUUAAAGAUCAAAAAAACUUUUUUGACUAUCUACACUUUUCUCCUCUUAAAAUCCAUUUCAGUUUUUCACUGUGUCAAGGAGGUGUUCAAACUCAAUCACAGACACCUCUAGGGCUCAAUUUGCUCUUACAGAGUCUAGGUGUUACUCUUACGGACAUCCAUGAUGUUGUGCUUCGUUUAUCAUUUUUUGAGCGGAAUUGUGUAUUUCUAAGCCAUAAGCAGCUGCAAUCAGAUUUGUAUAUGCAUUAUCGAGGACAGCUGAUCAAACAAAUUCACGUUUUAGUGUUGGGACUCGACUGUCUCGGGAAUCCCUUCGGGCUUGUGUUUGGAAUCAAGGAAGGAGUGCACAAUUUGUUCUACGAGCCAAUUCAGGGAGCAAUACAAGGUCCAGAAGAGUUUGCUGAAGGACUGGUGAUUGGCGUGAGAAGUCUAUUUGGUAACACAGUGGGAGGAGCAGCCAGGACUGCAUCAAGAAUAACUGGGGCAAUUGGUAAAGGCGUAGCGGCUCUCACGUUUGAUGAAGAUUAUCAAAGAAAUCGUCGUGAAGCUAUGAACUAUCCUUCAACAACCAAAGAAGACUUGGCCAAGAGUGGUAAAAACUUUGUAAUGGGAGUUGUGGAUGGAGUUGGCGGAGUUGUUUCCAAGCCCAUAUCGGGAGCUAGGGAGGAAGGAGUUGGGGGUUUCUUUAAGGGAUUGGCCACAGGAAUGGUGGGUUUAGUCACUAGACCAAUAUCUGGUGCCAUGGACCUUUUAAGUGGCUCCUUGAAUGCUGCAAUAAGGGGAGCUGGGAUAGAAGAAGAAGUAAAACGAUUGAGGAGCCCACGAUAUAUACACUCUGACAACAUCGUGAGACCAUACUGCAAGCUGGAAGCUGAUGGUAACAAGUUGUUGAAGGACUUGGGGAAAGGUAAAUACUAUUCAUCUGAUAUUUAUCUGUACCACGCUAACGUUGGGACUACAAAAAAUCGCUGCACUCUGCUAUUGACUGACAAGAGAUUAAUACUUCUUAACAGCAAUGAUUUUACCAGGAAUGCAGUGGUCUUCACAUUUACAUGGGAAGAGAUUACACAACCUCCAGUCAUACAUCCCAAAGGAAUACAAAUCCAUAUUGGUGAAGUGAGGAGAAGACGCUUCCAUCCUCCGGUUAACAUCGAAGUCAUUAUUGUUGAAAGUGAAGAACAAAGAAUAAUUUUAAUGGAAAAGAUUACCAGCUUAAUUAUUCAGAGGAAAGAGAAAAGUCUUUCUAAGAAAUCAUGAAUGUCUGACUAAAAAACUGCCUUCUUAAUGACUCAUUUAAUAUCACAACAGUAUUAAUUAUGCAUUUAAAUAUUAUACCUAGA